UGUACUUUACCAGCUCAGUUUCAAAACUCAGUAUGGAUUGACAGUGAUAAAGGAGAACUAGUGUUUGCAACAGUCAACAUGACGGGAUGGGAGUUUCGACUAUUAGACAGUUCACUAUAUGAGAACUGGGAGUGCUUCCACACAAGCACUAGCGGAACUAAGUUGUAUUUGAUAAUGAUAAACAUGCAAAAUGUAUCUUUGCUAAAUGACACGUUCACUCCUUACUUGUGCAUGGAACUGACAGAAAUAUCACCCGUUUCCUAUUACUAUUACCUGCUUUGGGGUAAGUGUCGUACUAUACGUAUUUACUGUGAGUUAAAGGCGUAUUUGUUUGGUUUGAGUUUUGUUUUAGAAUUUCACCUUUUUUGUAUAAUGAUAUAUUAAAUAUUUUCCAAGAGAUAAGGUUCAGAUUGCUAUUGUCUAACAUUUUGACAGGUUAAUUGAAAACUACGUGGAAAUUCCCAGUCUGGUUCAGUCAAUAUAUCAAAACUCGACUGUUCACAAAUAUAUAUAUUUGUGUAAAAAUCUGAUUGAACUUCGUUCACGCUUUAUAAUUUGUUCUCGCAGUUUAUCUAAAACAUCUAUGCAAAGAAUAGUAUUUUCCAAAACAGCUGAAGAGGAAAAGUAUGCCUAUGAAAGAAUUUCGACAACAUCUUCUACGCAACUGAUUUCCGAUCCUGUGAAAGAAUUGUGUCUCAGUUUAGAUGAUCCAAAUCAUACGGCAUCCUAUCCCGAGAGAGGGGAAUAUCAUGUACUAAUCAAAAAAGGACAUGAAGUUGACGCAAAACAAGAAUGUCCAUCGACAUUUUUUGGUGAAUAUUCCUACAAAGUAACAGACAUAGACGCUAGUACAUACUAUUGUGGUACGGGAGACGAAGUAUGGGAUGUUUGUACUGAUUAUGAACAAAUGACUUUCAACUAUACUGUAUGCGAUUCAGAGAUUGCAUAUUCAGCCAACGGAAGUGUGUUCUGUCUUGUAAGCAUUUCCGACGGAAUGUACACUUACCAUACAGUUUAUAACGAAGAUAAUACAGUUGGUGUUUCAAAUGGGACAUACAGAUUUACAUGUUUUAUGUCAGGUAUAAACUCUGAUGGUAGUCUCAAUGUGUCACAAACUCCAGGAAGCUGUAAAAAGGGUCAGACACCCAACGAUCAACCUGUGUUUGCAUCUAACAGUUCUGCCGCUGGGUUAAAUCUGCUGCUUAAACCGAAACGAUUAUGCCUGCCUGUGAUAAGCAAAGGAAACUCGGCGGGAAUUGAUAUUCAAAACUUUCAUUUACAUUUCGCAGCAAAACAGACAGCUGGUUCUGAUACAAUUAGAAGUCUUUCUGUUGGUGCUAUUGUCGGAGGUGCCAUCGGCGCUCUCAUAUUAAUUAUGGUCAUAAUUCUCGUAAUUGUCGUCUGCUUAAAAAAGAAAUGUUGGCAGCUAAGACACAAAGUAAGAAAGAAGGACACAACUCUACCAACAUCAACAAGGUCUAACAAUGAUCCAGAUGAUUUGAUUGAAAAGAAUCCAAACAUUCCAGAAGAAAAUAUAGACGAGUCGACAAGGAGUACAGGGGACAUGUUUCAUUCUGUUCAGUCUGCCCACAACGAUGAAAAUUUGUACAAUAACAUAAGGAGUGACAUCAAGUACGAGGGAAAUGCAGAUAUCAAGACUGAAGUUAUUAGAGAAAAGGAUAGAGACGGGCUAACUGGAGAACUUGGUGAAAAGAAACUUGAAGAUGUUACUGUUACAGAUAUAAAAGAAAAUGUUGAAAACAGUUUUCUUGAAAACAGAACAGACGAAAUUCUGGUAACACGUGUGGCUGAAAAUGUAAACGUAUUGAGAAAAGAUGUGCCUCAUUUAAAUUCUACAGAUAACAUUUUCAGUGAAUACGACGCUGCAAUGACAUACAAAGCAGAUACUCACUGUAUCUCAAAAAGCGAUAUAAGCAUAAACAUUAAAGGAAUAGAUUGGAAAAUGAACCGAGCUGAGCCAAAAUCUUUAGAAUACACUCGAGAUGACAGUGAUCUUAAUUUGAAAUCUGAUAGUAAAUUAAAACGUGAAAAGCGAACCAAAGCAAGACUUAAUAAGUCUGAAGGUAAUUUAAAAGAUGCCGUUAAGAGUGAAAGAUUGAAACGGAAGUCUUCGCUAAUUUCAAGACUAACAAAUGAGCCUUUGGAAUGGAAUUUUGUCUAUAAUUCACCGUAUGCAUUGACAGAGAAACAAAAACAAGAGAAUCUAGAUAGGAAAAUAAGGAUGCAAAAGCGAAAGAAGCAGCUGGAAAGAAGAAAGCGAGAGGAAAAAGAGAGAAGAGAGCGUGAAAAUGCUUAUGCAUUUGAAAAAUGGAAACAACGGAAAAAGGAGGAAGCACUGAUUAACUCAAAACAUGCUGAAAUCGGCGUUUUAUAGCUUCUGGAAAAUCAGUCAGAAGUAAUUACUGGUAUCCAACUUAGAGAAAGUGCUUUACUGUCUUCAUGUAUAUGUAAUAUAAUGUUAAUGUCAUAAUGUUAUGUGAUUACGAAAUCCCUUUAUUUACAUAGCAAUGAAAUUAAGUAAAGAACUCAUGUUCUCAUAGCUUUUACUUAGAGAGCAAACAACAUCAUACUUUGCAAGAAUGUAAUAUUAUCGAUUUGAUAGCCAUUGAUGUAAUACUGUCUUUAUCAUUUGUGUUUAACUUUGCAUUGAAGGCAUUUAGCAGCAUAAUUCAUAAGUGAACUCUGUACCAAUACACUCUUCCAAGCCAGAAACGUUUAAAAACUAUGAUUUUUGUGAUUCGCAUUGCGUCACAACGAUACUGGUACAGAGUUUGAAUGAUUCUGUUUACGAGAGAUAAUUUCACAUUUCUCAUGUUCCUUAGUACCGGCUUAAUAGCUGGACAGAUAACUGAAACAAUACUGCAUUUGGUGAU